UUGUCAUUGAAAACCCGAAAUCAGCUGUUCUGGACGCUUUGUCAGUUUUCCUUAUUUACCGGAGUAAAUUUGUGAAGAUUUUUAUAAAUUGUUAAUUGUGAAAUAAGCAAAAAAACGUCAAAAUGACACAAGACAUACUAAUGAAAAAUGAUGAACCCACCGCCACAAAUGAUGCAUCGCGCAAUCAACUGAAGCAGUAUUGUGCCACCGCAAAAUCCUCAACAGGCCUACAACUUUUGGAUGUGGUGCGUCAAGUGUUGGAAGCUCCUUCUAUUUAUGUGUUUGGCGAAUUGCUCGCAUUGCCCAAUGUGCAGGAGCUUAAAGUUGGACCUAAUUCAAAGUACUUGAAUACGUUGAAUCUCUUUGCUUACGGUACUUAUAAACAAUACCGCCAACAGCCUGGCGAAUACUUAGAUUUAACCGCUACAAUGCUGAAGAAAUUACAGCAUUUGACUAUCGUCUCUCUGGCUAUCAAAAAUAAAUGCAUCCCAUACGAAGUGUUGUUGGAAGAGUUAGAAAUCAAUAAUGUGCGCCACUUGGAGGAUGUUAUAAUUGAGGCAAUUUAUGCAGAUAUUAUCCAUGGCAAACUUUUCCAAAACAAUCGUUUUCUUGAAAUCGAUUAUGCCCAAGGCCGUGAUAUCCCACCGGGCUAUACCUCCAAGAUUGCGCAAACAUUGUCGCAGUGGGUGGAGUCGUGCGAUGCCAUCUCCAAUUGCAUUGACAUGCAGAUAACACGCGCCAACUUGGAGAAGGCCCGAAGCCUGAAGAACAAGGACCACAUUGAACAGGAGAUAAUUAAUUUGAAAAAAGUUUUGAAGACUCAAAUCAGCGACAACGAUGACUCUAUGCAAAUCGAUCGCGAAUCGUCCAGCUUGGAUCUGCGCAGGAAGCCCUUCAAGACGAAAGGUUCACGUUUACAUCACGCGCCCAUGGGUAAGUUAACCGGCAAGGCCGCAACCGCCGCAGAUGCAGGUGGCAACAUGGUAACCGGCAGCGCAGAUAGUGAUGGUGAUGGCGAGACGUCAAGACGUGGUACAGUUACUAUGGCGCCUGCAAACAGCAGCUCCAUCACCAGCACGUGGCUGAAGGCAUUCACACAAAGUUUUGACAAGGAGUAGGUUGUGCUGGUGGAUUGGAAGGGAGCACAAUAAGUUAGCUACCACCAACAAAUUCAACUUUUUGCCAUAGUAAUAAUUUGUUCUCCGCCUGUCGGUCAAGCGUUCGUCAAUUGUGUGUGCACCAGAUUCAUUAAUGGCUUGGGCGGAGCCUUCGAGACGACUAGACGACUAGUUGAAGCGCGUGUGGUGUUUGCAGCGUACUUCGGGGUUGACUUGACAGCAGCACGUCACACAGUUUCAUUUAAUUAAGCGGCUUCAUUUUAAUUUUGUUAUGCUGAUGGUAGAAAGUUUUUAAUUGUUUACCUAGUCGUGCGGUGAUUACAUUCAUUCUCAUUUCCUUCGCCAUGCUUCUUAUUCUUAUUCGUAUGCUUAGCAGUCUUGUGUAGCGGCUCAAGAUUUUGUAGAAAUACUAUUUUUUCUGCGUGAACACUUCAGUGUUUAGCCGCACUUUAUUUAAAUGCUAAACUUUGUGGUUUAAGAAUAAAAGAAAGAACG